CCACAUCCACCACCACUUAGGAUGACAAAUUAGUGUUUACCAGGCGAGGAACCAUCCCAAGGUUCCACUCAGAUUCCACACAUUCUUCCACAUGUGUGUCUUUUUUAAAGCAUAUAUUUUACUGAAGGAUCUCUGUGCUGAGCGACCGCUCAGUUUUUAAACGUGCUGAGCUGUCAGUGUCAGAGUGGGGCUUGACACCUCUUGAUGCGCUGUCGCUAUCCGGGAUCAGAUGUUGUCCACAGCUCAGCAGAUGCUGCAGGACAGCCGCUCCAAGAUCGAGCUGAUCCGACUGCAGAUCAUCAAAGUUACGCAAGCUGGCGGCAGCGGCGGUGGAGAAGGUGGAGGAAACCAAAACAUCUCUGCUCAGGGAGAAAUGUCUCCCGUCUCCAUCGGUCCUAUGGACAAACGUCUGGCAGAGCUGCAGCACUACAUGCAGAGAGAAACAGAUGCACUGGUGCUGCACAAAGACGUGGUGAAGCAGCUGAAGGGGAUCUCAGAGCUGGACCAGAACGCCUUGGCUGAAGCUCAGUUUCGGGUGCAGGAGUCCUCCCAGAAACUCGAAAUUCUCCGAUCAUCCCUGGAAAAAUGCCUGCAGGAAAAGAACCAGGAGGCCCAGAAGCUUCCAGCAGAGGAGUCGGAUCCUCCUGAGGGGACGCCGUCAUCAAAAGACCCCAAAUUCGCCUCUUCGCUCUCCACCUCUCCAUCCAACUUCUCCAUUCGACCUGCGUCUCUAACUGGCAAACUUGAAGUCAGACUUCUGGGAUGUGAGGAUUUACUGCAACCAAAGUUGGACUUGGAGCAGGAACAUCCUUUGGUUACCUCUGAAAACGGUUCAGCUGUUCCUCACGAGCCUGAUGGAUCCCCAACAGAGGUCAGUGCAGUUCUUCGGCUAGACGGCAGACUGAUCGGCCGGACGCCCUGGGCGGCAGUCAGCAGGCUCAGCUGGGAUCAGGUUUUCUAUGUCCAGCUUGAGCGGUCUCGAGAGCUGGAGGUUUGCGUGUUCUGGCGGCACCAGAGGGCCAUGUGCGCAGUCAAGCUCCUGCGACUGGAGGAGGUGAUGGAGAACCCAAAUCACAACCUGGGCUUCAGUCUGGAGCCACAGGGCCUCCUUCACAUCCAGUUUCAGUUCAUCAACACUUUGGUGGAGCGGCAGCCAAAGCUCAGACGUCAGCGAUGCAUUUUCACUAAAGAGAGAGGAAAGAAUUUCCUCCGAGCUGCUCAGAUGAACAUGAACUUUGCAACAUGGGGUCAUCUGAUGAUGAGCAUCCUUCCUCAUUAUAGCUCCUUCACCACCUUCAGUUCUCAUCUCUCCACAACAUCUGACCUGAUUGGAAACAACACGCCGCAUCCGAAGGAAAAUAAGCCCGAACCAACAGCUUCGCUGCCAAGAGAAACUCCGUUAAUCAGACUGACCGUCUCAGAGGACCAGUCGCCUUCCAUCAGCAUUGAGCAGAAAGAAAACACUCCCAGCCUCAUCACCACAGAGGAAAAGACAUCAUCGGUGCCUGCACUGCAAGAAAAACUGAUUUCCAUACGCCGUCCAUCCAGUCCAAACACUGCAGAGGAUUGUGAGGAUCAGCUUGUUUCUGCCCUGAAGAUGAAGGUUGAAGAUUUUAGAUAUACCUCAGUUCUGGGUCGUGGACACUUUGGAAAGGUGCUACUGGCUGAGUUCAAGAAGACAGGAAGACUGUACGCCAUUAAAGCCUUGAAGAAAAGAGACAUUGUGACUCGUGAUGAAGUGGACAGCCUUAUGAGCGAGAAGAGGAUCUUUGAGAUGAUCAACGCCUCCAGGCACCCAUUCCUGGUCCACCUUCACGGCUGCUUCCAGACAUCUGACCAUGGUUGUUUCGUCAUGGAGUAUUUACCAGGCGGCGACCUGAUGAUCCACAUCCACAGUGAUGUCUUCUCAGAAGCACAGACCCGGUUUUAUUCAGCAUGUGUCCUGCUUGGUUUGGAGUUCCUGCAUUUGAAUAAAAUCAUCUACAGAGAUCUGAAGCUGGACAACAUACUGAUGGAUGCAGAGGGAUUUGUGAAAAUAACAGACUUUGGACUUUGUAAAGAAGGGAUGGGCCACGGAGAUCAGACCUCCACUUUCUGUGGGACUCCAGAGUUUCUUGCCCCUGAAGUCUUGACAGACGACACCUACAGCCGAGCUGUGGACUGGUGGGGGAUGGGUGUCCUCAUUUAUGAGAUGCUUGUCGGAGAGUCUCCCUUUCCUGGUGAAGAUGAAGAGGAGGUAUUUGACAGCAUCGUAAAUGAUGAUGUGCAGUAUCCAACAUCUCUUCCCGCUGAUGCCGUCUCCAUCAUGCAGAAGCUGUUGAAGAAGAACCCUCUGAAAAGGCUGGGAGCUGGAGAGAGAGACGCAAACGAGGUUAAAGGAGAUAAAUUCUUCGAGACUAUCGACUGGGAAGCCCUGAUGGCCAAAAAGUUAAAGCCGCCGUUUGUGCCGUCGAUCAAAGAGCCCACAGAUGUCAGCAACUUUGACAGCGACUUCACUCGCCUCCAGCCGGUCCUGUCUCCGCCCUCCAAGCCCUUCAGUCUCUCAGCAGAGCAACAGGAAGCUUUUGCAGACUUUGACUUCUGUGCUUUACAUGGUUGAUCAAAGGACUGAAGAAACCCGGUGGCCAAAAUAAGAACCAGUUUGCGGGUAUCACUAUCCGCCUUGACAGGUAACAACCAAGUACCAAAUAUGCAUGUUGCCAAGUAUAAUCAGUCAGUGUUUCCUUCAGUAGUAGAAGUUGCAAGAACACUGAUGUAAUGAUUUGUUUUAGUGCUGUAUUAGCUGGUCAAUAAUACAGUAAAGUGGUGUCAAAAUAAUUCUCUUCAUCAUCAGCCCUUUACAAAGCCUCAUUUUGGACUCUUGUAACCUCUUUGCUCUUGAUUGUUACACCAUUUAGACCUCAGUGACUGAUUAUAAAAACAACUGUUUGAAAUAAAAACACAAUGAGCAUAGUGUAGCAGAAAGUGGUAUUGAUCCGUUUAGACAAGCAGGACUUUAAUCUUUAAAUCAUUUUAGAUCCGACAGUUAAAGAUAAUCUCCUGACCCGGUCUUGACUGUAUCUUUGAAUGAAAGACUUCUUUGGUGUCUUCUGCAGCUCAAACAUUUACAGACAGGACAAAGCUCUCAAUAAAAUAACGCUGACUGUUCUCAGUCAUGCUGCAAUCAACAAGAAGCUGUCAAUUAGGUAAACAAUGGGUUAUUUUUAACGGAGCUGAGGACGUGAUGGUAGACAUGAUCGUCUGUGGGGGUGGGAGGGAUGGGGGGGUUAGACUUUCAUCUGACUUUUAAUCCUAGAAUCAAAAAGACAACAACUUUCCCAUCUCUUUGUCACGUUAUUGCUGCUAUUUUCUGUAAAUGACAUUGUUUAAUUCUUGAGAUGUCCACCUUGUGUUAAGUUACGGAGCAUUCAGUCAAUGGAUAUUUUUAAAUCCUGUCUUUUUAAACUGGCCUUAUGUGACAAUAGUCCUGCCACUAUGGUAAAUCUACUUCUUCUUUUUUUUCCCAACUGAAAGUUCUAUGUUUUGGUGCAAUGAGGAUAAUUGACUGCAAAAAUGAUCUACAAAUAGAGGACGAG